AUGUCUGCCCAAAAUCUAAACAUUGUUGAUAGUCCCGAAUGGCUUUACCGACAGCUCCCGCUAAGCGAGUCGGAAAUACGCCUGUUGAGAUUAGAAACCAGAGGCGGGCCAUCAGCUGAAAUUCGAGCUUCGCUUAUCAAGUAUAACCUGCAAGAAAGUCCAAAAGAUGUCACCUCUUUUCAGGCUUUGUCUUAUACGUGGGGGCAUAGUUCAUUUACUCACAAUAUCAUUGUCAAUGGUGUAAAGCUACCUGUUGCUGAUAACCUAUACUCAUUCUUGCAGCAUCGACAGGAAGGAAAUCAAUGCAUCGAUCUUUGGGUAGAUGCAGUAUGCAUUAAUCAAAAUGAUUUAUUGGAAAAGAAUCGCCAGAUUCCGAUGAUGAACAGGAUCUAUAUGAGGGCUAGUGAACUUGUUAUCUGGCUUGGACCACCUUCUUUCGACAGUGAUCUGGCAAUUCAGUCGAUUCUCGAGAUAGGUAGUGGCUCUCCUUAUGACAAGCUAGGUACUAUUAAGGAUGAUGUCUGGCAAGCUAUCCAAAGCUUGCUCGAACGCCCUUGGUGGAAACGUAUCUGGAUUGUUCAAGAGCUUACGAUGGGGGCAGCGGCUACGAAGGUGGGACAAGCAGCAAUCUACUGCGGCCAAGCUCACGUUUUAUGGAUAAAUGUGGUGGUAGCAGCCGCUCGCAUGAAAGCUCACCAGGAUGACCACAGACAAACAUUCCCCGCCAUCACAGACAUAUUAGAGCUUGACAGUUUGCGCGAUACUGUAGGUCACUUCUUAUUCAAGCCAAGUUCUCAAGCCUGGUUUGACUUAGUUUGUCGAUAUCGGUCCUUUCAAGCCUCAGAUAAGCGAGACAAGAUAUACGCAAUCUGGAACAUGUUUAUUAUACUGCCAUCAAACCGACUUGAAACCAGGUAUGACGAAUCUGUGACAAAGGUAUACACCGACUUCGCUGCAAUGUUGUUGCUAGGUGAAUCUAAGCUAGAGAUUCUUCGCCAAUGUGGCAAUGGUGAUCAAGAUCUACCAUCUUGGGUUCCCGACUGGUCUACUCCACUUGGCUCGCAGCCUUUACCUCUUCGAAACAUCCAGCGUUAUUUCGAUGUUCCGUGGUGGGCAGAGCCGGUGUAUACGGAACGCAAGAAGCCUAUGAGAGCCGAUGGAAGCGGUGGGCGGUCGUCGGUUACAUUCCGUGGCAACGGUCCACCAAUGACUUCGGAAGAUGAGGUGUUACGACAACGCCGAAUUAAACGACUAGAAAUGGCAGCCAACGGCUCUGCAGUUAUUAAAAAUCUGGAGGAUGUUCCAUCAAAUUUUGUUUUUCAUCAAAUGCCACCUGGCAUGAAAAAUCAACUUCGAGAAUUGCUCCAACGCGAUGAUUCCAUGCUCGUCGUUGGCCACGAAAAUCCCCAUCUACCUGACGAACCUGACGCAUUGCAACAAGGGGAGCUCAUCACGGAGCGUGAAAUGAAAAGGUGGCUACUGCAAGAGUUGAGACACUCGAGUUCAGAGCCACUGUACACAACUGCUACUUCGGUAGAUGCCUCCUUCGAGAUAGACAAGAAUGAGAAAACUUUACAGAUGAAGGGGAUCUUAUGGGAUGAAUUGGAAAUAUGCCAUGAGAGCUUCGCAGAGGAUAUUAGUAAAAAUUGGACGGACGCGACUCGUUUCAUGGUCGCCGUUGGUUGCUGCAAGCAUCUUGCCAUGUCCAAUAAAAAAGCAUCUGUCAGAUAUCCAACUGUAAAUCAGCUACUGCAAGCCUUCUGGUCAACUUUAUUCGUGGGACAGGUGACAGGAAAGGGGGAACCCCGUUACGAAGACUGGCUUCCGGAAACUUCGAAGUCUUGGUCGCCAGGGCAGCCUCCAAUGACAGCAAAAACAACGGGUUUGAUUGAGCUUGCAGAGAUGGGCGAAGCUUUGGACCAAUCUUUGUCUACUCUUAACACAGAGACCGAAGAUUGCCACUAUAAGUUUGGCAGCACGCUAGAUCCUCAGCUAAAAGAGCGAGCCUUCCCACAGCAUGAUGAUGCCCAUAUUGCCCUUUUAUACCAGCUUGCUUCAACAUGGCAAGAACAGCCUUACGAUCUUUAUCAUCGGCCAUUCCAUUUGGUGAAUUUGGUACCAGAUCCGUAUUGGGAUUGCAGACGACGCAGCGAUGAGCUUGCUAAGCGACAAGCAAAGAAAAGACGGGUAAAUCAUAUCGUAUCAGACGUCGAUGUCGGUAGCCCCAAAGACACAGGCCACUCCGAGAGGAAACUUUUACGCCAGGCUAUUGAUGCUUCAGAUAAAGCUCUGCAACAGCAGCCAAGCCUAGUGCCACAGGAUACGUUGGAAGCAGGUAUUGAGAAGUUUGCUUUAGGGCGACGGUUCUUCAUUACUAAAGAAGGCUACUUUGGAUUAGGUCCUCAGAAACUUGAGCCUGGGGAUAGAGUUGCGGUGCUUUUUGGCUCUGGCGUUCCUUUUGUGCUUCGAAAGUGUCCAGCUUUAUCAGGGAAGCGAGCUUGGAGAAUUAUAGGAGAGUGUUACGUACAUGGGAUAAUGCAGGGCGAAGUAAUCCGGAAAUGGGAAAUGGGUACAUCUAAGGCGCAGAUGCUUCUUUUGGUUUGA